AUGUAUCUCUCAACGCUCAUCACCCUCACUCUGGCAGGUGCAGCCUGCGCGAAGCCCAUCAAGAAAAUCAAGAGACAGACCAUCCAAGACACAUACGACUUCAUCAUCGCUGGAGGUGGCACGGCGGGUCUUGUUAUUGCGAACCGGUUGACGGAAUGCCCCAGUACAAGAGUGCUUGUGCUCGAAGCAGGACCGGAACCUGGUGUUGUUGCAAAUUACAUGUACCCUGGUGGCAAUCAAAACCUUGCUGGUACCGCGAUUGACUACAACUACUACACUUUGCCGCAGAAGAACCUCAACAAUCGAAUUCUCCCAUAUCACCGGGGGCGGGGACUUGGCGGCAGUUCGGCAAUCAAUGGCUUGUAUUAUGGAAGAGGCAGCGCCAGCGUUUAUGACCACUGGGUCCAGCUAGGCAACCAGGGCUGGGGCUGGGAUGAUUUGUAUCCUUUGAGCAUCAAGCAAACCCACUUCAACCCGCCGAACCUCAACGACAGUUUCGAUCACAGCUUUCAGACUUGGGACCCUACCGCAUACUCCAAUGGCGAGCUCCAGAUAGCGUUCCAGGGAUACGUGCCGGAUUCAAAUGUGGGCUUUAUUCGCGCUGGCGAAGCCAUAGGUAUCCCCAUUGUCAAUGAACUCAACAACGGCAACAACACGGGUGUCAAGCAAGGCACUGGAUGUUUCGAUAGCCGGCUCAGGCGCAGCUCAAGCUAUGACGCCUUCUAUAAACCGGUCCAGAAUCGCACGAGUCUGGACGUCCUUCAUUAUGCGUCGGUGACCUCGAUCCAGUUCACGAAAGGCAGCAAUGGGGCAUCACGCGCGACAGGCGUCUCCUUCACGGAUCAGCCAACGGGCCAAUUCAUCACGGUCAACGCCACCAAGGAGGUAAUCGUGGCCAUGGGUGCAUUCAACAGCCCUCAACUGCUGAUGAUCUCGGGAAUUGGACCUCAGGCACAGUUGAGUCAAAAUGGCAUCAAUCCAGUGCACAUCAACGAAAAUGUCGGCCAGAACUUAAAUGAUCACUGCGUCUUCAGCAUCAUGGCCUUGGUCGAACAGACAGCAUCGACGAGUUCAAUGUCAGUCAGUGCUUCCACUCUAGAAGCAGCUCAACAACAGUUUCUCGACUCCCUGACUGGGCCAUACACCGCUCCCUCUGGCAUCACCAAUGGUUUUCAGCAAUUGUCCAAUGCCACUCUGCGAGCCAUAGGUGCGCAAGCGGUGCUCAAUGCUGGACUUGUCAACCAGUCGCAUGUCGAGUUCUUGUACGAAUCACUCUUUUACCCCAGCGGACUGGCAUUCCUCCCGUCGUCGGGUGGCACUUCUUCAACGGGGGGCACCUCUUCAUCGGCCUACUAUGUGCCUCAAUCUAACUUGUCUUACAUCUCCCUCACGGCGUCGCCGCUGGUGGCUCUCAGUCGCGGCAGCGUAACGCUGAAAUCGGCGUCGAUCUUCGAUGCACCCAACAUCGACCCUAACUACUACUCGAACGAAACCGACCGUGUUGUGGCCAUCAAUGCAUUCAAGGAUCUGAGAAAAUUGCUUGCACACCCGGCCAUUGCACAGUUCACUAUUGGGCCCAACAACGGCGAGGUCCAGCCCGGACUUGCGCAUAUUCCUGCAAACGCCUCUGACGACACCAUCUUCGAUUACAUCAAGGCCAAUACCAUUCCGAAUUGGCAUGCCAGUGGAACUUGCCAGAUGCUGCCCGAGGCAGACGGCGGCGUGGUAGAUUCACAUUUGCGGGUCUAUGGGGUGCAGAACCUCCGCGUGUGCGAUGUCAGUAUCAUCCCGCGGCUGCCAGACGUCAACCUUCAAGGCCCGGUGUUCAUGAUUGGCGAGAAGAGUGCUCAGAUCAUCAAGGAAGACUAUAAUCUACAGUGCUAA